AAUGACUUCCUAUUCUCCACUUUCAAUCGAGAAUUCAGCCAGCAAACCGUUCACAGACUACUCUCGUUGGAGGCUUCUGGUCAGCGACAGCGGCAGGCAUACCUGGCACUACCUCAGGAGCGAAGAAGAAUGCCAGAGGUGGCCGCAAACUUCGGUGGACAAGUUCUGGUUGGGUAUCGACCUGAAACUCCCGACUUUACCUCCAGCCAAAGAUGCCUAUGAAGCCGCAAAGAAUGGGUACACGUUCUAUAAGAAUCUCCAGUCCCACGACGGCCACUGGGCUGGGGAGUAUGGAGGACCGAUGUUUCUGCUCCCCGGCCUUGUCAUCGGCUCGUACAUCUCGGGGAUGGGGUUCACAUUGGAAGAGCGACUUGAGAUGAUACGAUAUCUCAUGAACCGGGCCCACCCCGUUGACGGUGGAUGGGGAAUCCAUGUCGAAGGAGAAUCGACCGUGUUCGGGACUGGGCUUAACUAUACUGCACUCAGAAUCUUGGGUGUAGAUGCCGAGCACCCUGUCUGUGUCAAGGCCAGGGCAAAACUUCAUCAGCUUGGCGGUUGCACUGCCAUCCCAUCUUGGGGGAAAUUCUGGCUGUCCUUACUCAAUGUUUAUGAUUGGGAAGGGAAUAAUCCGGUCCCGCCUGAGCUCUGGCUAUUGCCCGACUGGGUUCCGUUCCAUCCUCACCGAUGGUGGAUUCACACGCGAACAGUUUACAUUCCAAUGAGCUACCUCUACGGUGUUAGAUUCAAGAUGCCUGAGAAUCAUUUGACUCUUGCCCUGCGAGAGGAACUGUAUGCCGAAAACUAUUAUCAGAUAUACUGGCCGGCACAACGGAAUAAUGUGGCGAAAGUGGAUUUGUAUGCCCCGCACAGCCUGGUUUUUGACUCGCUCAACGCCAUGUUGAGUGGGUACGAAGCAUGCCAAAUUCCGCCAAUUCGUCGAGCCGCGAUUGAUCGUGCUUACCAACUUAUCGUGCAAGAGGACGAAAAUACUGGUUACCAAACUCUUGGCCCUGUUUCCAAGAUGUUCAAUCUUGUAGCCCGCGUGCACCGCGAGGGACAAGAGAGUUCUGCUUUUCGAAAACACAAAGAGAAGCGCUACGAUUUCAUGUGGCUAGGCGCAGAAGGCAUGAUGAUGUGUGGGACCAACGGCAGCCAGCUCUGGGAUAUUGGAUUCAUUACCCAGGCUUUGGUCGAAACAGGACUCGCCGAGCUACCUGAGAAUCGGGAUAGCCUCCUCAAAGCUCUCGAGUGGCUGGACGAUGCACAGAUUCUCGAUCAUCCCAAGCACUAUUCAACUUCGUAUCGCCAUGGAACUAAAGGCGCGUGGGGCUUCAGUACGAAAGAACAAGGAUAUGUCGUCAGCGACUGCACUGGAGAAGGAUUGAAAGCUGUGUUAUACCUACAGAAACACCUCUCCUUCACCCCGAAACUCGUCUCGGACCGACGUCUGUUUGACGCCGUCGAUCUGAUGCUCACUCUGCAAAAUUCCGAUGGCGGUUUUGCCAGUUACGAGCCCAUUCGUGGUCCGUGGUGGCUCGAAUUGCUAAAUCCGGCAGAGGUCUUUGGCAACAUAAUGAUCGAAUACAACUACCCAGAGUGCACGACUUCCGUCAUCACUGCUCUCUCCAUCUUCCGCAAACAUUACUCAGACUACCGGGCCAAGGACAUUGCAAAGACGAUCAAGGGGGCUAUUUCGUAUCUGCACGCAGCGCAAAAGAGUGAUGGUGGAUGGAUUGGAUCCUGGGGCAUCUGCUUCACCUAUGCGUCACAGUUUGCCCUCGAGUCAUUGGCGCUGGCAGGAGAGACCUACGCGACCAGCUCAGCCAGUAAACGCGCGUGCGAGUUCCUGAUCAGCAAACAGCGCAAAGACGGAGGAUGGGGCGAGAGUUACAAGGGUUGCGAGUUGGGGGAAUGGGUCGAGCACGCCGAGACUCAGGUCGUGCAGACCUGCUGGGCUGUCAUGGCCCUGAUGUAUGCAGAAUAUCCUCACGCUGAACCCCUGCAAAAAGGUGUUGCUCUGGUGAUGUCCCGGCAACUUCCUGAUGGGUCCUGGCCUCAAGAAGCAAUCGAGGGGAUCUUCAAUAAGACCUGCGCCAUUGCUUAUCCCAACUUCAAGUUUUCAUUUCCUAUCUGGAUGCUGGGUAAAGCACACAAGUACUUGCAGGAACUGAAAGCCCGUCCGCAAUUAUGAGCUAAUGUAGUCUGUGCUCCUUAAUUCACUAUUUUCCUAGUCUUGCUUCUGCAGCUCGAGCUCGCCUUUCCCUCUCCACUUUUGCACGCAUCUCCGGUGUCAAACCUGCGAUGCCUUGGGCAGAGCCAGAUGCCCCACCCAACUUGCGGGGGCCAGUCGUUUCCGCUAUAAGCUGUGGUGGCGACUCCAGUUGUAGUUCAGGCACCGCUGCUUUCGGAAGCUUUGUUUCCCGUUCCUUGACUUUAUCUUUCAGGCCCUUGCGCCGAACUUUUUUCUUCUCAUCUCGCUCCUCCUCCAUUUCUUUGCUCAGUGCACUGGGAACAUGUCCGAUCCCGAACCAAUCCCACCAAUCAGGAUGUGCCCCCGCGCACCUGCGGAACAUGUCCCGGACUGAGCGAGCUGAGGCCAGAUCAUAAGCCGUUCGUCGUGAUCCGUCGUCGCUGCUGGAUGCAAUGGUUGGGUCUGCACGCAGAGUUUCAAGCAGCCACUCGGUGACCUGCUCCUGGCCUGACUGCGCUGCCAACUGCAACAGGGUGGACACACGUUCUCCACUCCACUCAGGAAUGGCCGUAUCAACACCACCUAGAGACGCCCCCUCUCGGUCCCAAAAGGAUUUGAGUGAGUCUAGACGGCCCUUGGACACCAUUUCCAGAACUCGCGUCCACCGUUCACGUAAAGCCUCCUCCUCUUGGCUCAGUUUGACGGGCUUUGGUUUCUCGACAAUCGGAGUGGCCAUUGGUUUUGGUUUCGGCUUUGGCUUCGGAAGCGAGGCGAGGUACGCUUCAUCCUGAGCUCGGAGGGCUUCUUCAGUGAAAUGCGACGUUUUGGGACGGGUGAGUUCCGCCAGGCAACGAGCCAGUUCCGAUUGCGUCUACAUAAUUCAGAUACGAAACGGAAAUAGGGUCGAGUCUACUCACUGGCCGCCUUGUCGGAAAAGGAAAUGUACGCAAACGAUCGUCCCCUUUCUCGAUCACACACCCAUCGUAGUCGAGGAAUAUCUUGCGAUUUGAGCCGCUUGCACGGAUCCAGAUCCGUUCACAGGCGUUGAUCUCUUCAGCCCAUUCGUUGAUGAGGUUCCGGAUGUCCUGGACGUUGUCAAUCGGAUAUACAAGCUGCAGGCUUGCUCACACACAUCACGCAAAGCUUGUUCUCCGUACCGCCGAAGCAUAGCACCAGCACUCUUCGCAUUGCCUUUCGCGUUGUCGUUCAGUCCUUGCGAUCCUCCCUGCUUCCUUCGUGCUGAGAUGCAAUUGAGGAUAACACGACAACACAGACAUAGAUAGACUGACUGGUGUAGCGGUGGAAUGUUUUGUGCCUCAAGACUUCCGUGUCCGGUUUGGGUUUGUUCUGCUUCUUCUUGUUCUUCUCUCCGUACUCCGACCCUGUGUCCUCGACCCCACGGCUCACACGAACAACGGCUCCGGCAAAGUGACCACCAGCAACCAUAAACAUCGCCCAUGUCCGUUCUCCCGCUUGCAUGUCCUUCAGAGCCGAGACGUAUGAUGUUUGGGAUAUUCCGGUGUAAAACAAGGCUUUGUAAAUCCCGAUCUGAGUGGCCGGUGGGGAGUGAAACCAAACAAGCGCGGUCUGCGGAGCGUUUCGUCGUUCUAGGCUCGGAGAUCGCGAGCGUGAGGUCCGUGUUGUCUUCUUGACUAAGGCGUCGACAGCAUCAUCUGAGUCGUCGCCGUCGCUCUCCUCGGAUGCGGAACCCGAUAUCGAGUCCUCGAGACCUUUGGACAGAUGAGAAUAUGGAGAUCAUUGAAGCAAGUGAUCAAUACCAUCGACUAAUGUCAAAAAUUCCUGCUCCGACACCGCAGGCCCUCCCUUCAACCUGCUCUUGACGUUGUACCUGUGCCAAUCUGACCGGUAAUGCGCUCGUUGCUCCUCAACAUCGAGAAAAGAUGCGCCGUUGCAGAUGUUGCAUGCCCUCGAGCUGCCGUUUGCCGAGGUAGAAGCAGCGGGUGCAGGCACGGGAGAGGUUGAUCUAGAUGGAAUCUCGCCAAAGAGAUCUCGUGGAGAAAGAGUAUCGAGAAGCUCGAUUGGGAGGGAGUAUACGUGAAGUGCCAUGUCAAGUGGAAGGAUAAGAUUUUGAGAGCUGCAAUGCUCAGCACCGUCUAUAAAAGCACAAUCGGCGGGUCCGCAAGUGCUGGUCAAGCUAGUCAAGAAUCGUUACGCGCGCAUGUGAUCGAGGAUGACUCAAUAUUGAUCAUCAUUGAUCUAGGUCUUUCCGUAACCACCACCAUUGUGGGGGGCCUGUGCUCACAUAAUCCGAGUGCCUUGUCUCGAUGCGCGACACCAUCUCCCAUCACACGGAGCCUCUUUACGCGCUUCCGCGACACUACUUCCCUCCAGUCGGCCCUUCGCAGCGCAACAAACGACGCCUUAAUCCCAAUCAUCAUGUCUACCGGCCCGCGCUGAACAUCUCCGGCCUCGUUGACGCGCUGCAAGUCCCGAUAUCAAAUGCUCUCGAAUCGCGAACCAGUCCGCGUAAGGGAAAGGGGACAAAACGCGUCGCGUCGCCGGCACCCAGCGGCACCGGUCGUACGAAGCGCAUGAAGCGCGAGUCUCCGGAAGCCAAAUCCGGUCACGAUGAGAAGAAAUUAACGGAAUUCACUUGGGCCGAGAUGCAAUACCCGAAACUCAAGGCUCUUGUUCCGGACUCUGCGCGUGAUGCAGGCGUGGAGAUCCCCAUAAUGGCCCACACCUUCGAGAUGACCUAUUCCAAUGAGAUUCCAUCUGGUUCAAUAUUAGGGCUGUAUGCUGGAGGGGACGAAUACGAGGAAUGGCCUUCAGAUGAGAAAAACUUGGUCGAUGCCCUACAAGUGUUGGCCUCCGUCAUGGACCACGACGAGCAAGAAAUCGAUCUGGGAAACGCGCUGUUAUGCUCGCACUCUUCACGCGUGGUCGCCGUGUCUCAAGUUCUUGCGAAACGAGAAGGAUCGAUUGACUGGUUCUUGCUUCUUCCCCGUGCAGCUGACGGACUCGACUUGGAGCUCCUCGGCUUACCUGAUGACGGACUGGCCGAGACGCAUGACGUCUUAUUGCAAUGCGUGAAACUGAUGCAGGAGAAACGAGUUACCAUCGAUGCGAAGUUGAGACUGAGGAUGCGGGCUGCUGAAGACACCAUUCUACCCUUUAGCCUGAGCUUGCAUGUGACGGUGUCGUUGACUCCCAGAGCGUUUGGAACAGAUGGGAGCAAGAGCACGGUGGAAACGAUGCAGCGACAGCUGAUUCAGCAUGUGUAUCCGGAUCCGCUCGUCCAUACUGGCAACGAGGAUCCGACCGUGCCGUUCUUCUAUUCUGUGGUUGGACCCGCACCUCCAGUCGCUACGAGGGAAGCAGAGAACGCGUUGCAACCUGCCGGGCUUGUCGCUACGCUUCUGCCUUUCCAGCGUCGCAGCGUCGCUUGGCUUCUUGCUCGCGAAGGCAAGAUGGUGACGGACGAUGGAGAGAUCAUCAACAAACCUUCAGCAACGCAGCCCGGCUUCUCUUUUUGGUCCAGGAUUCAGGAAGGAUCUUACGUGUUCUACGUCCAUCGGAUUACCGGGCAGCUUUCCUUGACUGCACCGGAAGAAGAAGAGGGCUUGGGCGGAAUGCUCGCUGAGGAGCCAGGUCUGGGGAAAACAUUGGAGAUAAUCUCGCUGCUGCUCCUCAAUCCUGCAGGCCCAGAGCGCCAUCCAGGAAACAAGCGUUGGGAUGCUGAAGCAAGCAUCGAAGUCAAAACUGUCAAGACGACUCUCAUUGUCACCCCACCGACGCUAGCGCCCCAGUGGAUGGAUGAGCUGCGGACCCAUGCUCCGAGCCUGAAGGUUCUCCUCUACGAGGGGUGGAACAAGGUCGACGUCCCUCUCACGAGAGCGGAGCUCGACAAGGCCCGUGCCAAGAGUCAGAUCUCCAAACAACGCAAGGGAAAGGGCAGAGCUCGCGAUUGGGAUGAGGAUGCAGAUGCGAUGGACGUCGAUACUGAGGUUUUGGAUUGGGCUUCCUUCGUGCAGGGCUACGAUGUGGUCGUCACGACCUACGCCACUCUCAGCAGGGAUGUCAAUGUGGCGCGUGCAGCCAGGCAGCGACCUAGGAGGGAAGACGUUGUCUACGCUGCAACCAUUGAGCGGGCGCGUUCACCUCUGAUCAUGACAGAAUGGCUCCGGGUCGUGAUGGACGAAGUGCAGAUGGUCGGUGGUGGUCAAGUGGAAGACAUGGUGUCGAUGAUUCCUCGGGUUUCUUCUUUCGCUGUAUCAGGCACACCCGCCCGAACACAAGUUGCUGACCUCAUCCAUGUCCUCAGAUUCCUCCGCGUCGAUCAUCUGUUGGGCUACUCAGCACGUCACUGGCAAAGGCUUGUUUGCGCCGGAUACUCGGAAUACUUUCGACGGUUCUUCCAGGGUAUUGCCGUUCGUACGACCAAAGCCAGUAUCAAGACGGAGCUCACGAUACCACAACAAACGCGCUAUCUUGUCGGUAUUGAGAUGGGGAGGGUUGAACGUCACGUUUACGAUCGCAAUCUCGAGAGCAUUCUGCUUGAGCUGGGCCUCGACGCUCGGGGUGUAGAUGUUCGCGGUGAACAACGAACACCAGAUCCUGUGAUCCUGCGCUCCCUUCUGCGUAAAUUGCGAGCGAUCUGCACGCACCCGCAGAUCGGACAACUGGGUGUCAAUAAGAUUUUCAAGCCGUCAUCGAGGACUGGAGGUCCCAGGUCGGAUUGCUGCUUUCGCACAUGUCCCCGACUCACACGUGGACGUCCAGAUCCAAAAUCUCGUUCGGACUGCCCAGCUCCGACAGCAUGGAAUCGAACACAAUCGCUACCAGCUGGCCCAGCAGACUUUGUCACUCGCCGAGACGGAGACCAGAUGAUGCUCGAUGAAAUCCGGGGUGUCCUCGCUGCGCACGAAACAACCAGCCCUGCCCAGCGAUCUGCCAGCCCUUCUGCGCUAUCAGAGGCCGAAUCGGAGGAAGAAGACGAUUCGAAAAUAGACAUCAAGACUAAGGCCUACCGCAGCAAGCGGAAUGCGUUGAAACAGCGGCUCAGGGAAGCUCAGCUCGUCCACCAUCGCGUCAAGUUUCUUCAGGGAGAUGUCUGCCACAUGCUCGGUCCCUCCCACCUCGACGCGGAAAAUGCCGCUAUGAAGAGGCCGAAAACCGAGAAGGAUGCCCGAGAAUCUAUGAAGCUUCUUGAAGAUAGCGGAGCUCGUUCAGAGUGGAGGGGACAACUGACUGGUCUGUUGAUGACGGGUUUGACUCCCGACGAGCAAGCAGACGGCCAGGAGUACCAGCGCACGCUUGAUGACCAGGGAGAAGCUGAGAUCUACCUGACCAACUAUACGGCGCUGCUGGCCGACUAUCGCGAAAAAGAGAAAAAGCUGCGCGAAACCAAAGCCGCAAUGAAGGCUACAGCUAGAGAUGAGAACGAGAAGACGCCAGAAGUUGCUACUGGGAUUGAACUGCAGCCGGAGCACGAGGUUCUGCACACAGAACUGGCCUCUCAGCGUAAGCGCCGAUAUCGGCUCUCAGGGUCGGCCAUCAGAGUGUACACAUGA